GACAGGCUGCGCGCUCAGGCUGGUGGUACAUCCUGGAACGCUGGGCGGCGGAGGCGGCGGGGACCCCGGACCCCUCCCCAGGCCGAGCCUGACACUCACCCCUUCCGGCUGGACCCAGAAAGAGCCCAUCCCAGGGAGCUCAGGUGUCUCCUCCUGCUGUAUGGCCAAGUGUGGCUCUGGGGAGAACAUCUCAGCAGCCCAUUAGGACACAGAGAAGAAGAGGCCCAAAGCAACUGGCUCACGGCCCAUCCCCCCUUUUUCCAGAAGGAAGGAAGGAAAGAAGGGAGGGAAGUGCCGUGCCCUACAUCACCAAGGAUGACACUAAACACGCAGCAGGAAGCCAAGACCUCCCUGCGACGGCGAGCCAGCACCCCACUGCCCCUGUCCUCCAGGGGCCACCAGCCCAGUCGUCUGUGCACAGCACCCUCCACUCAGCCCCAGCACCCCCGGCUGGGCCAAUCAGCCUCCCUCAACCCUCCCACCCGCAAGCCUUCCCCUGCCCCCGACGGCUGGUCCUCGGAAUCCAGCGACUCUGAAGGCUCCUGGGAGGCUCUGUACCGUGUGGUGCUGCUUGGAGACCCUGGUGUGGGGAAGACCAGCCUUGCCAGCCUCUUUGCAGGGAAGCAAGAGCGGGACCUCCAUGACCAGCUGGGAGAAGAUGUAUAUGAGAGGACCCUCACAGUGGAUGGAGAGGACACCACACUGGUGGUCAUGGAUACCUGGGAGGCCGAGAAACUGGAUGAAAGCGGGAAGCAGGAGUCGUGCCUGCAGGCGGGCAGUGCCUACGUCAUCGUGUACUCCAUCGCGGACCGCCGCAGCUUUGAGAGUGCCUCUGAGCUCCGCAUUCAGCUGCGACGCACACACCAGGCGGACCACGUGCCUAUCAUCCUCGUGGGCAACAAGGCGGACCUGGCCCGCUGCCGGGAAGUCUCCGUGGAAGAGGGCCGCGCCUGCGCCGUGGUGUUCGACUGCAAGUUCAUCGAGACCUCGGCCGCGCUGCAGCACAACGUGGCCGAGCUCUUCGAGGGCGUGGUGCGCCAGCUGCGCUUGCGGCGCCGGGACAGCGCGGCCCGCGAGCCGCCCGCGCCCCGACGCCGCGCCAGCCUCGGCCAGCGCGCACGUCGCUUCCUGGCUCGCCUGACGGCCCGCAGCGCCCGCCGCCGGGCACUCAAGGCACGCUCCAAGUCCUGUCACAACCUGGCCGUACUCUGAGGCCGCCCGCCCUCCCAAGGUGGCAGGACACUGGGGUGCAUCCUGGGCUCCACCGGAAAAGACCCCGACAGGAGCCUGCGUCGUUGGCCGUGGCUGCGACUGUCCUAACGGCCUGGGGGUCGCCGAGAGCGAGAGCCUUGGGGCCUCCUCGGCCCCGGGAAGCCACGGGCAGACUAUGGGGACUAAGCUGGGCACAAAGUAGGGUUUUAUACGUAGUGGGGGUCUUUUUGUAGAAAUCAUCUUUGUCCUGGUCUCUGGCCAACCUCUAAAACCCUCACAAUAAAUCAGUCCGGAAGGAUGUCCUAUCCAAACAACCGACCUCUCCUUGCGGCGUCUACACCAGCUGCCCUGCCGUCUACACUGGCUGGUAGAGC